UCGGGAGGGCAACUAAUAAAAAUGUCUCGUUUUCUUCAUCAAAACAAGUUUUAUUCAAGGGACAACAAUCAUCAAUUAUUUAUUUUUCGAAAAAACAAUCAUCAAUUAUAUUUCAAAAUUAAUUUCCACUAGGACUAGGGUUUUGUCUCCGUUGUGGGCACGUUUUCCUUUUAUAGUGUUAUCCUUUUAUAGUGUUAGAAAAUUUUGAGAAAUAAUAAUUACAUACUCCCUCCAACCUUCCGUUCCUAAAAAAUUCAUAUUUUAGAAUUUUCACAUUUUUUAAUAAAACAUAUUAAAACUUAGCUAUAUAGUUUUUGUAAUUUUAAAUUUCCUAUAUUUUUAAACCAAUAAAAUUUUAAGAAAUACAAUUAAUAUUCUUGAACUUCACAAUUUUUCAUUAAUAGUUGACAAAAAUUAUAUUAGCAAUAUAAAAUUUGUAUCUUUUUUAAACAAAAUUUUUCUCAAAAAUAUAGAUUUUCUGUGAACGGAUAAAGUAGUUUCUUACGAAAAUAUAUAUAUCCCUGUCCAUGCAAAAAGUGGAUUAUCCACCUUUAACAACACCAACAAAGUCAUUAUACACAACUUAAACCUUUUCUUUUUGGUAUGGAUGUUAAGUACACAACUUAUAUGAUAAUGCAACUGUGUCAACAACAUUACUGAAGCCGAAGCUAUAGUCAAAAGAAUUGUAUGAGAUAUUGUGCCGAGGGUCUGUAUUUUGCAUUAUUACUAUUACUAUUUUGCUGGAGAUGUUACAUUAUUGAUAACAAUAUUUUAAUAUAACACGAAACUGCAUUUCUCACCGAACCUGUUCUGUGACCUGUCGUGAGCCAAACUCGUCAAACAUACAUACAUACACGACAGAAUAAGGAAACAUGGUCUUCCUUACCUUGUCCUUUUUAUAUUGUCUGCCAGUGUCAUUUCUUUUUCUCAGUUUAUAUAGAUCUAAAUUAGAUUACGAAAUAAAAAAAUCAAAGCAAAAAACUUUGAGUUCUUGCGGUGGAUUUGACUUUUCUUCUCAUUCUUAUAUUUUUUUCCUUCACGGUAGUUUACAAAAAUAGAAACCAUGUAAAUUAUGUUAAUCAAAGUCUCAAUAAUUAUUCCAAAAAAUAAUCAAUUUAAUUAGCAACCGACAAGCAGGGUUAGCUGGAGUUUACAGAUGCUGAUAUCUGGGAAAAUGGUGCCACAAGAUUAGUGAAUUAUCGAAGUUUAUCAUCACCACAUAUGAGUUGAGUAAUCUACAAGGACAGACAAAACUUUCACUAUCAGAAGAAGAUCCAAAUAAAUUAUAAUCAAAAUGUAGAUUAAGUGAGUCCACUUGUGAUAAGUAAGACUUUCUUCUUAUUGAUUUCCUCACUAAAAAGUACAGAAGAAAUGUCUAGAUAAAGAAAUCUUACAGCAAACAAGUCACAUAGAUCGAGAAAAAUCAAAACUAAUAAAAGAUUCACAAAGAUGAUGAUAACUUAAAUAAAUAUAUUAAGAGCCUCUGAAAUCUCACCAACUCCUUCUCUGUCUCUUCCAACUCAUUUAUUCAAAUCUCUGUUUUUCUUCUCUACCACUCUCUGGUCUUUCACUUACACACGCAUGUACGUAUAUAAACACACACACAAACUCUCAAGCUUCUUGAUUAGAUUCAUAAUAUAAAAAAAUUACUUGAUUCUUGAUUUUUUUUCUAUCAACAUUGCCCUCACAUCCCAAAGGGUUGGUUUUAUAUAUCUUUCCAAAAAUAAAUUUCUAGUCAAAUGGAUCUAACGGACCGUCGCAACCCUUUCAACAACCUGGCGUAUCCGCCGCCGCCACCGCCCUCAACUACCUUCACAAGCCAUAUUUUCCCACGAGGAAGCUCUUCCGGCACGACAUUCCCCAUCCUCGCCGUCGCAGUGAUCGGAAUCUUAGCCACUGCGUUACUUCUUGUAAGUUACUACAUCUUUGUCAUAAAAUGCUGUCUUAACUGGCACCAAAUCGACAUCUUCCGCCGCCGCAGACGAAGCAGUGAUCAGAACCCUCUAAUGAUAUACACUCCUCACGAGCUAAACCGAGGUCUAGACGAAUCCGCCAUCAGAGCUAUCCCAAUCUUCAAGUUCAAGAAGAGAGACGUUGCUCCAGGAGGUGAAGAUCAGAACAAGAGCUCACAAGAAUGCUCUGUUUGCUUAAACGAGUUUCAAGAAGACGAGAAGCUGAGGAUUAUUCCAAACUGUUGCCACGUGUUCCACAUUGAUUGUAUCGAUAUUUGGCUUCAGAGCAACGCGAACUGUCCAUUGUGUAGAACCAGCGUUUCUUGGGACGCAAGUUUCUCUCUUGACCUAAUCUCUGCCCCAGAGGAUAAUCCUUCUCCUCCUCGUAGUAACAGGAGUCUUGAACCCGGUGAGGUUGUAAGAGGCGACGAUGACUUCCUAGUGAUCGAGCUUGGGGCAAGUAAUGGUGAUAACAGACAAAGCGUGAGAAACAGAGACUUUCUUGCGGAAGAAGAAAGAGCUACCUCGGACGAGGUGUUGAUCAGUCCUUCCCCUAGAAGGUUCGAUCAUCGUGCAAUGCAUAAUAAAGAGAGAAUAUUUCGUAAGGUGAUUAGUAAAGGAGACGAGUGCAUCAAUACUCGUGGCAAUGAUAAUCAGUUCGGUGAGAUUCAGCCCAUAAGAAGAUCGAUCUCGAUGGAUUCUUCAGUGGAUCGCCAGCUGUAUCUGGAGCUUCAAGAGGUGAUUGGUCGGAAUACUGAGAAGUUUCCAAUGGUGGUCGGAGAUGUUGGAGGUUGUAGCGGUAGUGGUGGUGGUGGUAAUAACAGAGUGAUGAAGAGAUGUUUCUUCUCUUUUGGAAGUAGUAGAGGUUCUAGAAGUUCCUCAAUACUGCCUGUUUAGUUGAAACCCAUAAUGUCGCUCUUUUUUUUUUUUUUUUUAAAUCUCGUUAUGUGAAUUUUUUAAUUAAUUUUUAUAUUUAGAGGUGGAUUUAUUCAAAUUAUUUUGGAGGGUGAGGUACGAGAGAAAUCAGUGUGUGCAUUGUUUAUAUAAGUCAAAGGAGUUAAUGAGUUUGAAUAGUAUCAUCCAAAAUUCGAAAUAGUAAGUGAAUAGUAUUAUUUUUUGUUUCAA